AUGGCUUCCGCUGUUGAAUCUCCCCCGGCGCACUCGCCUCCAACUAAUCCCCCUCAACGACCUCGAGGUAUCCUCAAGAACUCGUACCAGAAAUCCCCCCCUACCUCGCCAAACCAAGAGUACAACUCCAGCGAAAAGGAACUCACCAUUGCCAACACUCAAAUUAACGCUGGCCACCGCCGUUCGUCCUCUGGUGCUCGCCCAACAGGAUCCCGAAGACAAUCUGGCGCCCACAGCUCCUCCGGCGACGGCCUCGAACAGUCUCAGCGCCUCAAGUGGGACGAGGCUAAUCUAUAUCUCACGGAGCAAGAGCGCUCCUCUACUAUGAAGAUCACCGAGCCCAAGACUCCUUAUGCCAAACACUACGACCCGGCCGAAGACCCGUCCGACGACGACGAGGAUCCUCUGGCAGACGCUGGUGCUCGCCUUAAGGAUUCACGUCCAAGCCGUGAAGAUGACAUUCCGGGCCUUUCGCUGGGCGAACCGGAAGAGGAGAUCCCGGAAAUGGGCGCGCCGUCACCCCGCAGCGAAAAGAGCGUCCACGUCGACGAGGAGAGCAGCAUCGGCCACGACGCCGAGGAAGAACUGGCAGGCAUGUCUCCCGAGGAGCGUGAGAAGCACCGAAAGUUUGAACAGCUCCGCAAGAGACAUUACGAAAUGAAAAAUGUGGCCCAGCUCCUGGGCCACCCCAAUGCUCUCCCCGAGGACGAGGACGAUGAAGAUGAUGGCACCGUGCCCCCCAUGCCACAAGUACCGCAGGUGCCCAACGGCUCUGCGUAG